UUUCUGCUAUGACAGCAAAUGGGUUCCAAGAGUUUUCCGGUCACAGGUUGCGACCUUCUAUAGAAGUCAGGGAUUGGCUGAUAGAAAAUCUUAAAGACCCCUUAUUGGACAAUUAUGAGGGCUGGGUGGAAGUACAACUCUGUAAUGGAGCAGAUGUAAAACAUGAAGAAACUGCCUUUUUCCUAAUUUUACCAGUGGAAGCCAUGGCGUCUGACCACCAUGAAGGCUGUGCAUGCUUCUCCCAUGAGUCCCUUGUACCUCACAGUGUUCAACAGACUGUAGAUGAGAUGACCUUUGAAAGAGGUAUCUGGUCAGCAGCUGUUGAUGGGGACCUUGACCAUGUCAAGAAGUUCCUUCAGAAGGGAACAGAUCCUAGUGUUCCAGAUCGGUCUGGCUAUACGGCACUGCACUAUGCAAGUCGUAAUGGACACUAUGCAAUCUGUGAAUACUUGUUAAAGAAUGGAGCAAACAGCAAUGCCCAGACUAAUGGUGGAGCAAGCCCACUGCACAGAGCUGCUUACUGUGGACACCACAAGGUUGUAGUGCUGCUACUUCACCAUGGCGCGGACCCAGUGAUGAUGGAUGAUGAUGGAGCAACACCUUUACACAAGGCAGCAGAGAGAGGACACCUGAAUGUGUGCCAAAUAUUACUUGAGCAGUGCCCAACUCUGAAGAAUGCUACAGACAAAAGGAAGAGGAAACCUGCUGAUCUUGUGUUAGGCAAUCCGAUGUUGAUGGAACUUCUGAAAACCUGCUAAGCUAUAUAUUCCUGUAAAAUCUAGAGGCAUUUCUCCUACGCUUACUGGAAAUAGUUUAAUGAUCUGAAAAAUAGAAAAUACAGCUUUUGCCUUCCAAGUCAGGGCUGGUCCUUCUGCCAUACCGUAAACGUCUUCAGUGAAAACUCUAACAGUUCUCUGUGCAUCAGGAUUAAAAUAUGGUGAAAGGAAUGUUGUGUUGGUUCACAUCUGACUUUUUAGUUAUCUUUGCAUCGUAAAGUAGAAUAGCACUGCAAAAUUUCACACCGGCUUAAAGGACAUUUGACCACAUGUAGCCAUGGACAGCCUUAACAGUAUUUAUUUAGUUAUACUUUUUUUUUGCAAUGCAUUGCAAAGUCAAGUUUAAAAUGGACAGUUCACUGCAGUCAUAUUGAAGCAGUAGAUAUAAUUUGCAUUAAGAACAUUUAGUGUGGUUGGGUAAAACAGUCACAUGACCAAGAAGUGUUUUAUGCAUGUUAGUAAAGCAUCUGAUUGGCAUGGAAUGCUGAUUGGUUAGACAGCUUCAUGAUUACCCAGUUAUGCUAUAGCUUUGUUAUUAUCCCACGUGGCACAAACAACUUAUAUUUCAAGUGUUAAUCCGAAUUUUGAUGUGAAAUCUAUAUGAAAAGUUCCUUUUUAUCUGGAGUGCUGCAGUUUAUUAAAUGGAAAUAUAUUACUUAAACUACUUUUGCUGACUGCCCCUAAUAUGAGAUAUUCGGACAGAUGUGCUUCUUUAAUUGUGUUGCUCACCUUAGCCAUCCACAUGUCACAGUACUGCUAUUACUUUUGUCCCAUGUAAUUCUUUAGUACAGACAUUUAAUUAAGUGCAUGUAGUUUUUUUUUUUUUUUUUUUUUUGCAUUACUGCCUUUAAAUAUUUACAGAAUGUUUACUGAACUGUCUCUGAAGAGUUUUAUGCACAAAAAUGAAAAUCUGAAAAUAAAAUGUUUUAAAUCCUA